AUGCCUCGAUGCAUCAAUUGGCUUUUUCCUGUCUUGUCCUUGUUCUUUGUCACUGUCAACGCAGCUACGACAUUUCCACGUGCGCUUGACGUAGCUGCGACGUUUCGUGGAUAUGCGGUAUACAAGCGAUUGAAGUUCCAUCGCCUGUUGAUGAUCCUGGCACUGAAUGCAAUUAAAGCAACAAUGAAAUUAGCGUUAAUUGGAGGUUCGUCGUCGUCAUCAGUCACGCUAAAUCAGUACCUGGAGCUGUGUCGAUCAGUGCAUAAAUUAUUCUUCCAACUACUACUCAUCACCGAUAAAUUUGAUGAAAUGAUAAAGGGAAUAACAAAUGUUCCCGAUGCUCAGGACACAGAUAUGUCAUCGGAAGUGCUCUGUCUGCACAGAUGCUUGCUUGCAAGCAUACCAGAUUCGGUGCAUGCCGUGGAAAAUACUGUCCCAGGAUUGUCGUUGGAGUCCAAUACCGAUGGGCUGCUAAUGUUUUUGCAAAAGAAGCAGUACAAAAAUGCACUGCAUACUCUCCGCCAGCUAAGUAAAGAUUAG